AAAUUAGCUACGUUGCAACACCAAUGUUUGCAUGAAUAACAUGUCUCUUUACUUUAUUAAACCUUAACCCGAAUGCAUGUCUGCAUCUUCCUACCAAACGUGUUCUUCCUAUUUAAAGUCAAGGUUUCAUCUCCUACACAUAUCACACACGUCUGAUCACUACCCUCAGCAUUGCCUCGUCCCCAAAGUGGCUUUAUCUCAAGGCUCUUCUUCAGGCUCUCUAUACCCUGAUAGCUACAACCCUAAACACCAUGAGAAGCCUGAUCUUUGAGGAGCCUGAAGCCGGGAUUCCAGGAUAUGCUUCAAGCAGUCUACGAUAUGCCUGGCAAUCCAUACGAGCCCCAGUGGUAAUACCACUCCUAAAACUAGCAGUCAUACUAUGCUCAAUUAUGUCAGUCAUGCUAUUUCUUGAGAGAGUAGGCAUGGCAGCCGUAAUUUUGAUUGUCAAGGUGUUGAGGAUUAAAAAAUACACCAAGUACAAGUUGGAUGCCAUGAAACAGACCAUAGAGAGAAACAAAAGAUACCCCAUGGUGUUGAUCCAAAUACCUAUGUAUAAUGAGAAAGAGGUCUACAAGCUUUCAAUUGGAGCAGUGUGCGGGCUUUCUUGGCCAACUGACAGACUCAUAGUUCAAGUUCUUGAUGACUCAACAAAUCAAGUCUUAAGGGAAUUGGUUGAAUUCGAGUGUCAGAAAUGGAUGCAGAAAGGUGUGAAUGUCAAGUAUGUAACAAGGACAAAUCGCAAUGGUUACAAGGCAGGUGCCCUAAAAGAGGGAUUAGAGAAGGAAUAUGUCGAGGAUUGUGAGUUUGUAGCAAUAUUUGAUGCAGAUUUCCAACCAGAUCCAGAUUUUCUUUGGAAGACAAUUCCUUACCUUCUUGAGAACCCUAAGUUGGGUUUAGUUCAGGCAAGAUGGAAAUUUGUUAACUCAGAGGAAUGUAUGAUGACACGACUUCAAGAAAUGUCACUCGAUUACCAUUUCAGUGUUGAACAGGAAGUAGGCUCCUCAACAUACUCAUUCUUCGGAUUUAAUGGGACAGCAGGAAUCUGGCGGAUUCAAGCAAUAAAAGAUGCUGGAGGAUGGAAAGAUCGAACCACUGUGGAAGAUAUGGACCUUGCAGUUAGGGCAAGCCUGAAGGGUUGGGAAUUUGUUUUUGUGGGUGAUGUAACAGUCAAAAAUGAACUACCAAGCACAUUUAAAGCAUACAGAUUUCAGCAGCACAGGUGGUCUUGUGGCCCAGCUAAUCUCCUCAAGAAAAUGACAAAGGAAAUCCUCUGUUGCCAAAGGGUAUCACUUCUGAAGAGACUCCAUCUUAUCUAUGCUUUCUUCUUUGUGAGGAAAAUAGUUGCACAUUGGGUCACGUUUUUCUUUUACUGCAUAGUCAUACCAGCUUGUGUGGUAGUUCCAGAAGUCAACCUCAAAAAGCAGAUUGCCAUAUAUAUCCCAGCAACCAUUACAAUUCUAAAUGCAGUCUGCACCCCAAGAUCCAUGCAUCUUCUAGUAUUCUGGAUACUCUUUGAGAAUGUCAUGUCACUCCAUCGAACUAAGGCAGCAAUUAUAGGACUCUUGGAAGCAAAUCGUGUCAAUGAAUGGGUUGUGACUGAGAAGCUUGGAAAUGCUAGGAAACAGAGGAACAAUGCUAAGCCAUCAACAUCAAGAACUCCAUUGUUUCGAAUAACAGAAAGGAUUUAUCCAUUGGAGAUUAUAGUGGGGAUGUAUAUGUUGCACUGUGCAAUCUAUGAUCUGUUUUUUGGACAUGAUCAUUUCUUCAUCUACCUAUUGUUGCAAGCAGGAGCUUUCUUUACAAUGGGGUUUGGGCUAGUGGGAACAAUUGUACCCAACUAAAGCUUAAAGACAACUAUCAAUCAAACUAUUAGUAUUUCACUCUGUUGUGUAUUGUGUUUGCAAAACUAUUGGAUUAACGGUAUACCCAUAA